AGGAAAAGGCUUUGUGAGCUGGAAAAACGUUGUUGAGGCAUGAGCUAUACGAGGUGCCCCUCCUCCAGGAAGCCUUCCUCCAACCUCACCUGAUUUAAAUCCGACCUUUCUCCUGACUGAAUCUCAUUCCGGGAUUCAGAAGUAUUUUCGCAUUUGGGAAAGUUUUGAAGUUUCCAAACUUCAGAUUUGGUUUGUAUGAAAUGUUGGGGGGAGAGGGGUAGAAGUGUCUCCCACCCUAUUAGACCGGGAACUCCCUGAAUAGGAGCUGUAACCUUUACAUCUAGAUGAGAACUACCUAGGUAGUCCUGGAGGGGGCCUGAGAAUAAAGGUCCCAGGCUUUUACAGAGGAAAAAACGGGAGAAUGUCGGAGAUGGAGAGACUUGAUUAUCAAGAGUCACCUAGAUUCGAAUGCCGAUCCUCAAUCCUCGGAGACCUUUCUCCUUUGCCCUAAACCAUCUUACUUCCCUAAUGAAGGAGGACUCCGAAUGACCUUCCCGACCUCUAGGGGCUAGUGUGAUAGAAAGACUAAUGGUUCCUUUCCGGAGGUGGAAAGAAAACUCCUCAGCCUUCUCUCGCUCGCCGACACUCCACCCCCUCCCUCCCUCCUCCAGGUGUGUCCAGGGGCGGGUGGGAGCUCUGCAGUGGAAGGAGCAAGGCCGUGCCCUCUCACCUGAUAGAAUCGUUCCCCAGUGGAAAACUUCGGAAUCCCGGUGUCAGCAGCGGGAGAUGUCUCGCCGGUGACGGCGGAUAAGUUAAUGAGUACUCCUACUGACUUGAGAAAGCUUGGAAGGACAAGGAAGUCUUGUUUUCCUUUGGAGAGCAGGUGUUUGUUUCUCCCCCUCCACCCCCCAAGAAAACAGUCGAUAGAUAAGGAGAGUGAAUUCAAGGGAACUUUCCCAGACAGAUCUGAGCCCCCGAUCCUCCAGACGGUCAAUUCAGGACUUCCCCACUGCAAUAUCGGUCUGACCACACCUGUAGAAGAGGAACGGUCACAUGAUUUACACUGGAAGUGUCAAACAUUCACCUGCCAGCUCCCCAGUAUAGCUCAAACCAGAUUAAAGUGGGAAAUAUUUAACAAAACAAUAAAAACACCCAAAAUAUGUGAAAUUUUAAAACAUGUACAAAUUAGUGGACCUGGGUUACACCAUCGACUUAGAUAACCGAGUCCUCACCCCAAAGCCUAUGGAAGACACAAGGAAGACACCCGCUAACUCUUACAAAAGAGCAUCCACAAAGGAUUCACUUGGGCAGGAAAGAUUAAUUUUGAUUACGGGAAUCGGACAAGGCUUCAGGGAGGCAGUAGAAUGGGAGCUGGAGAUAUUGGUGAGGUCUAAGCAUUUCUCCAUACUGGGGGAUUGGAGUCCCCAAACCAGGAGCAGAAGAUAGUUCCUACUCGGAGGCUCCCCCGAGGCCCUAGUGCCUUUAUCCCUGUGGAAGAGAUCCUGCAGCAGGGACCAAUGGCCAUUGAGCAUCAGUUGGGUCUGGAGAUUUUGGCCUCAGGACGGCCAGACAAUGUCACACUGGUGAUGGGCCUGCACCCCGACUACCUUAACAGCUUCUGGAAGAUGCAGAGCCUGCUAUUGCGAGUGGAUGGACCUCUGCCCUGCUCCUGGAGGCACUACAUUGCCAUCAUGGCCUCUGCCAGACAUCAGUGCUCCUACCUGAUCAGCUUCCACAUGGCUGAGUUCCUGCAAGUGGGUGGAGACCCUGAGUGGUUCCUAGGCAUUCACCGAGUCCCCCAGAAACUCCGAAACCUCAAUGAGAUCAACAAGCUGCUGGCCCAUCGGCCCUGGCUCGUCACCAAGGAGCACAUUGAGGCUCUUCUGACCACUGGCGAACACAGCUGGUCCCUGGCUGAGCUCAUCCAGGCAGUGGUCUUGCUCACCCAUUAUCACUCCCUGGCAUCUUUUGUUUUUGGCUGUGGCAUCCUCCCUGAUGGGGAUCCAGAGAGCAACCCUGGCCUCCAGGUGCCCUCACCGCCCAGUGGGCAGAGCAGUCCUCCCAAUGGAUACCCCCUUGGCAGUUCUGGGGGCUUUGAUGCUGUUAGGGAAGUAGAGGCCUUGAUGGAGCGAAUGAAAAUUCUGCAGGAAUGCCAGCUAGAAGAGGAGGCAGCUUCUCAAGAGGAGAUGGAGAGUCGUUUUGAGCUGGAGAAGUCUGAGAGCCUUCUGGUGGCCCCUACAAGUGACAUUCUAGAGCUUACUCCAUCCCCUGAUGUCCUGUGCUUUGUGGAAGAUCCCACUUUUGGGUAUGAGGACUUCACCCGGCGAGGCACCCAAGCCCCUCCAACCUUCCGUGCUCAGGACUAUACCUGGGAGGACCACGGCUACUCCUUGAUCCAGCGACUCUACCCAGAGGGGGGGCAGCUGCUGGAUGAGAAGUUUCAGGUGGUAUACAACCUGACCUACAACACCAUUGCCAUGCACAGCGGCGUGGACACCUCCAUGCUCCGCAGGGCCAUCUGGAACUACAUCCAUUGUGUCUUUGGCAUUAGGUAUGAUGACUAUAAUUAUGGGGAGGUGAACCAGCUCUUGGAGAGGAGUUUCAAGGUCUAUAUCAAAACGGUAGCCUGUUAUCCAGAGAAGACAACUAAGAGGAUGUACCAUCAUUUCUGGAGGCAUUUCCGGCAUUCUGAGAAGGUCCAUGUGAAUCUGCUACUGCUGGAGGCUCGGAUGCAAGCAGCCCUCCUCUACGCCCUGCGAGCCAUUACUCGCUACAUGACCUGAUGGUGGGCACCGUGGCCCCUUGUCUCCAGACUGGACACUACUUUGGCUGGGGGGGCCAGCUUCCUUUCUGAUCUACAGACUGUUGGUCUCUGCCCAUAUCACCUUCCCUCUCUGUCCCAGUCUGAUUUUGUCUAUGAAACCUUGGAAAUCAAGUGCCUCUGGGCCCCCCACCCUUCUCCAUCCUUUCCCCACCCUGUCCAGUGGAACCAAAAGGGCCUGUCUGCUCUGGGCCCCAAUCCCGGCCCUCUGGGAGCUGAAGAGGUAGGCAGGAAACAUCCAGGCCAUUCUCUCAUCCUUUCUUUCCUCCUUCCCCUCUUCCAUCACCACGGUUAGAGGGAAGAAGUUACUUCAAGGAAGACUGUUCUAAGCCCCAGCUUCCGAAAAGAAAGGCUGUUUGCACCUUGUAUGUUCUCCCCCGGCCCCCUCAUUGAAGAUGUGUCCUGGAUUCAACGGACUAGGACACCUGGAUGAAGAGGAAACAGCCUGGGAUAGCACCUGCACAAAACUGGGCUGACACUCCAUGGGAUUUGGGGAGCCCUGGGGGCACUUCCAAGGCCCCUGCCCCCAAAUCUAUUCUUCUAGCCCUGUUACACUAAGGAGCCUGGGCAGUCAGAGGAAUUAUCUGUGGCUCCCUGAUCUGUUUUCAUGAUUCCCUUCCCAGCCUUUUUUCCCUUCUCUCACUGCUGGCAGUGAGGAUCCCCAGAAGAAAUCAGGGCAGAAGGGGGAUAGGAAGAAGGCUGGUACAGAACUUUGCUUUUUUGAGCGGAGAGGAAGUGGGUGGUCUUUUCUUUCUGGAUGGGCCUGGGAUGUGAAGGAAAGCUCCUUUAGGACUGGUUUCAUCCAUCCCUACUUGACUUGUGACUAAGGAAAUUGGACUUGUCACAGGGUGAAUUCUGUCCAGAAUUACCAGGUUCUGCCAAAACUAGCACCUUGACCCACCUCCUUCACUCCUUGUAUUUACUAGAAUUUGGGUUUGGGGAAUAAAGUUGACAAGUAAGUGACACAGUAAGUGUUACAUUGAGAGGGUCAGGAGAUUUCCCCAAAGUUCCCUGGCCUCACUUUGCCUCUGGCUGACUGUGAGACUUUAGACUUCAGCUUCUUAGUCUAUAAAAUAGAAAAGCUUCUGGUUCCAGAAUUUAUAAUUGCCCUAUACAGCUUCCAAAUAAGGGCAAACCCAGAGGUCCUUAGGACCCUGAAUGUUCCCUUCCUUUGCCAAAAAGGAGAAUCUCUCUCUCCUUGGACCCUUAUCCCCUCCCCACACCCAUUUGCCCCGGGUCCAGAAGGGCCGGAGCCAUUUUACAUUGCACUUUCUCUAUUAUCAAAACUGUGAAUUCUGUUUGCCAUCUUUUCCCAGUCCUCCUGCUCUGUCUCUUACUCUUGGACACUUGGGAGGUAUUAUGAGUUGCCAUCCUUCGUAAAUAAAGCUGCUGUUCCUGCUCUACUCCCUCGGUGUUCCUCUCCCAGCCCCCACCCAUGCUAAGGGUCUGGCUAGAGGGACGGAGAUGAACUGGUGGGGAGGUGUUGACCAGAUGCGCUAUUCAUCAUGCAGGUCAUGGUGACAUAAAUGGCUGGUAUGUUGAGGCUAGGCUGCGGACCACUUGGCCCUGAGCCAAGACCCCAAAGAUGUGUACUGUCCCUAUGAAUUUCACAAAGGAAAAAAGCUGGGGAGGAAAACAGUGUUUCAAUGCAGAAAUGUUUGUUACUUUGCUACAUACUCCAUAUUGACAAAUAAAAGAUUCAUUGAGGUUG